AUGCCUGAUAAUAUGUUUUUUAAAAUAAAUACAUUCUAUAAUAAUAUGUUUUUUGAGUUAACUAAAGAUACAACCAAUGAAUUAGCUGAAAUAGAAAUAGUUAAUAAUAUGUCUUUUGCAAUAGCUAAGACAAAAACAUCCAAUUAUAGAACAACUGAAAGUAUACAUGAAUAUAGAAAUAGUCUUAGAAAAGAAGCUUAUAUAUAUAAAAAGAUGGCUGCUGAAACUAUUGAACAAGCUGAAGAAUGA